GUGCAGCUGGACAAACGGUACCACGGCACAACGUUUUCCCCCCUCGACGUUAAGGCAAAGAAACAGUGGAUUUACCCGUUUUCUUUAAAGCCAACAACGCGAACAAACUGACACAGGAGACACGUGUUUGUUUAUCGUACUGGAGACUAUUGGAGAAAAACAUUUACAGUGGGGUUUUCCUGUGACACCCGGGACCGGAAAAGAGCCGUUUUCCCCCCGACAGCUGGUUCGCGGAUCCCCCUGUUUGCACUUGAAGUUGUGUGAGCCGGCUGAGAUGAGCGGUCCAGAGGUGGCCAAGACACCGGGAGGAGGAGCUCCAGGCAAGGAGGGAAAGGAGCCGGUGGCCAAUGGGCACGCAGGAGAGGGCAAUGACGCCAACCCCUUCGCUGAGUACAUGUGGAUGGAGAAUGAAGAGGAGUAUAACAGACAGGUGGAAGAGGAGCUGUUGGAGCAGGAGUUCUUGGAGCGCUGCUUCCAGGAAAUGCUGGAGGAGGAGGACCAAGAUUGGUUCAUCCCUUCACGCGACCUCAACAACCAGGGCGUGGGGCAGCUGCAGCAGCAGCUCAACGGCCUGUCGGUCAACGAUCACCACAGCAACCUGGAGGAAGUGGCGAGGAAGAGCGUCUUGAACCCCGAGGCGAAGGAGUUUGUCCCGGGGAAGAAAUACUAGGAGUCCCCCUCACCCCCAUGGAGCCUCCACGCGCACACACAUACACAGACACACACAGCAGUCCUCACAUGUUCUCAGAGACUCUGGCGGCCACGACCGCGCACACACUGAUUUUUCUCACACGCACUCACACAUGCGCACACACACACACCUACACACUUGAAGUCAGUGGCGUGCUGGCAGGCCCAGUUGGGGGGUGGGGGGAUUUCUUUUUCUUUUCAUUUUUUUGUUUCUUUAAUCUUUUUAUUUCCUGUUUGUUUCUUGUAAACUGAGGGACAUUGGGAACAGGGGUGGGGGAUGGGUGUAAUACCAGCACCGCCCUGCUGCGGGCGCUAGCUCAUCAUUGCAUUUCAGAUGACACUGUUGAUGUUUACAGAGCACGCAGAUCUCAUCGAUGUCCCCUUUGAACCGAGGCAGCUACCAAGGAGUGAUGCCAGGACAGAACUUUAAUUCAUAACAUCGAAAUUUUAAAAUCACUUCACAUGCUUGUUAAUUUGUGUGCUGUCAAAUUUGAAAAAUAAAAAAAAUAAAAAAACACCACCAGUAGGUCGAGGGUUUCCAUGACGGUGAGAUCAGAGAACGACGAACAUUUCAGGGGACUCGGCGGGCUUCUGCCGCUGCUCUGUAGAGUCACCACGGUCAGUCAAACCCGUUAACGUUUGCUCAAAUGACGUCACAAGCUCCCCGUGACAUCACAGCUCUUGCUCAUCUAGAAAUGCGGGUUCAUAUUUGUAUCUGCAGCGGCUCCGUUCCAAACCAAAUACAGACUUCACCCUCCCCCCAUUCCCUGCCGAUUUUUCAUUCUUUUUCUUUGGAAGUGAUCUUAACAGAAGUGGACAGGUGUUAUCAUGGAUAAGAAAUUAUUUUCCCAAUUUAUGUGGAAGUCCAUGUUUAUCUUUUGUCCAGCUUAGAACAGAGGUAUGAGUUCCCCCAAUUGCACCAAGUUUGAGUUUAGCCAGAAAAAUAUAGAGGGAAGGUUGGAGCUUUUUGAGCCUCAGUUAUUGGCAUUUUUUUUUUUUUGUUUUCUUCAUCCUUUAGUUCAAUUUGGAUUCACGGGGUGCAGUAAACAACCUUGUUACAGGGGAGUAUUUGGUCUGGAACAAUGCCACUGCCUCUUUUCUGCCGGAACAGCUUGGUUUGUCUAGCAUCAGAUCAAGUGUCCAUAUCCAAAUCAGGUUUUCAAAUAGCCUCUCCUCUUUUUUUUUGUUUUGUUUUCCUCUCUCUUCAUGUUUUGAGGAUGAGGCAUUUUGUGUCUCUACUGGGUACAGUAACCUGUGGUGUUCAUUCAGUCCUGAAUGCAGGAGGAAACGUAAGGGGGGCAAUAUCGUCACGGCGUGGCCUCCUUUCUGUCCUCCUCCUUGUAGGUUGACUUCUUUUGGGGAAGUUCCAUAAAAAUGUUUGUCGUGGUCUGGCUUUCCCUGAAGCAUUGCCCCUUCAGUGCAAGUAUAAUCUCCGUUAAGUUGUGAGCCAAUAGGAAACAGUUGUAUAUGUGAAGAUGCUUUUUAGGAAACCCAGAUCCGUAUCAACCGUAAAUCCUGAAUUUGGUCUGUUUUUCUAGUUCUCAGCCACUUUUUGGCUUAAAAAUGCAGAGGCAGUAUUGUCAUGAGGGAAAGUCUUGUGAUCCGAACGUUAAUCUUCUUUAUGCCACUGUUCAUUUGUGGUAAUAGCAGCGGCAAUAAUGUCUGGUGUAUUUGACUGUAUUAGUGUUAAGUAGACACUUGGGCACUUGAAAACUGCAUUUACAUCCAUGCAGCGUCUCUGAUUUUCAGCCCAACAAGUCGUCAAGUGUGUCCUUAAAGCGUGCAGUAGAAAUUUGGUUAAAAUGGAACUUCCUCACACAGUGUUGGACCACAGCUGUCGAAUGGCACCCUGGUGAAGCCAAUAGGAAUGUCCGCCAGGUGGAUUGUACAACAUGAAAUCAUUUUUGGUGAUUUUGUUUAGAUGAGUUAGAUGACAGAAGCCGCUGAAAAAAAAAAGAGAGGUCCAGAAGACACAGAGUAUGAAUUUCAAUACAAAUAAAAAUAAUGAAAAAAGAUGAAUAAAGAUGUUAAAGACAA